UGAUCCAACUUCUUCAGUUCGAUAACAACACAGACCACUUCAAAAUGUACAAGCUGGUGGUGUUGCUCUCUGUCGCGGCGUUGGCUGCCGCUAAGCCCAGCGUGUUGGCGCCUGCAGUCGCCUACAGCUCCGUGGUGCCGGCCACCAGCUCGGUGUCUCAGUACAGCUCCAGCGUGGUGCAUGGCUCCCCCGCCGUGUACGCCGCCCCCGCCGUCUACUCCGCCCCUGCUGUCUACUCCGCACCCGCUGUCUACGGCGCCUCCGUGGUAGCCCCCGUCGCCCUCGCUCAAGCCCCUCACUCUCCCGCCGUCGUCCUGGAUGCCGUCAAUGGAGUGCCCCUCGACACCCCUGAAGUCGUUGCUGCCCGCGCUGCCCACUACCAGGCUAAGGCCUUGUCUGGUCUCCACCAUCUCCGCAAGCGUUCCGUCGGAGUCGCCCCCGUGGCCUACAGCUCGGUUGUGUCCCCCGUGUCCUACUCUAGCCCCCUCGUGUCCGCCUACUCUUCCCCCGCUGUUGUGUCUGCCUACUCCUCUCCCGUAGUGUCUGCCUACUCUGCCCCCGUGGUGUCCGCAUACUCCUCUCCCGUGGUGUCUGCGUACUCCCCCCUGUCUUACUCCGCUGUGUACCCCAAGGCCCUCAGCGUGCACCCCUACUAAGCAAUAUAAGGAAACCAACCUAGGCCUGUACAGCCGCCAAAAUUAUCACUGCCGAAAUAAACGAUUAUAAUUAUUA